GAAAAUCGGGUGAUGGAAUUUAGCCAUUGAAAAUCAAGCGUCUGACGACUUCGGCAUGAAUUGCUGAAAUAAAAUUAAGAAAUUUCAUUUUUGAUUUUCAGUUUUGCUCAACAGACAUGUCUACAUCUGAAGAAAACACUCUUGUAGAGAGGGUGUUUUUACGGAUAGGAUCAGCUGAAACAGAUGAACAGCUGGAAUCAGCUCUUGGUCGAUUCCUAACCCCCAUUCUCCUUAAACUAGACAGUAAAGAAGAGGGUGUUAGAAAAAAGGUAAUGGAGUUACUGGUACAUAUCAACAAGAGGUUGAAGAGUAGAACAAAGGUGCAACUACCUGUAGAUGAGUUGAUAACACAGUAUAAAGAUCCCAAUUCCUCAUCCAUAGUUACGAAUUUCACUGUUAUUUAUAUAAAGAUGGGAUAUCCACGACUUGAUAUAAAGGAACAGGCAGAAAGACUUCCAGCUUUGAUUGGUUGUCUAGAGGGUCGUUCAACAAGCCAUCAAGACAACUUUUUGCAGUUAGUAAUACCAGCACUGGAGAAGGUUGAAUUUCCACAGAACAUGGAUAAACGAAAGGAAAAAUUCAGUUUUGUUAGUAACCCAAGUAUUGCCAAACUUUUGUUGGACUAUAUGCUAGACCUUCUGCUCGUGCCAUAUGGAUCUCACACUAAACUUGCUGAGAUACAAGCAGCUCAGGCGCGGCGACCUGCCACGGCACCUACAGGUGACAGCACUCCACAGCCAGCAGCGCCACCUGGAUUGUCAAUUUCCUCAUUCCGACGUGUGAUGGGAGAUAACCCUUACCAACCGGAACAGCUAGAGAAAGUUAAACUAGGUGUCAUUAGAUUUCUGGGGGCUGAUUUAUUCCCUGAAUCAGAUGUUGUUUGUCAUUACAUAAUUGGAGCUGCUGAUACAAGGCACAGUGUUGCUACAGCCGCUGAUAUGGAACUGAGAAAGAUUAUUACGACUCAUGCUGAGCUGUUGGUCACUUUGUUGGCCAUUUGUGAUAUUAUGAAUCUUACACUGGCUGCCGGCUAUCUAACGCAUUGUUUUGGGAUUUUCUGGACUAUAGUGCUCAAAGGACAGCCUGCAACACGUCCAGAGAUGAAAAGAGUGCCAGCCUGCACCAGAAUAAGAAUGAAAAUUUUACCACAUAUCUUGAAGGCUAGAGAAUCAGCAAAUUUCUUUCCUUAUAAUAUACAGCUGAUAUUUGAUUGUUUGUAUGGUCAGAACACAAACACAAAACUGAAGGUAUAUGCCAUGCAGAUGAUUCAUCAUAUGUGUUUAUAUUGCAGUUCCAGUGAUAUUAAGUUUAUAGCAGUAAGUCCUGUAUUACAAACCAAGUUGAUCAACCUAGUGAAAGAGGGAAAAGAGGAUGCCAAGGUAUUGAGUCUGGGCUAUGUAGCUAUAGGCAAGUUAGUGAAUAAGUUCCCACAACUUGUGGCUUCAAAUAUAGCGCUCGUACAAGUCUUCUUCCAUGUCAUGUGUCAGGUAGAUUCAGAAAUGCGUCUGGCAGUACAGGAGGCAUUGUCCCUAAUGGCUGAUGCAUUCAAAGAUUUAAAUGAAUCAAACAUGAAAAUCAUGGAAGCAUUACUAAUGGAAGCAAUUGACAAGGAAGAACCACAGGCUAGGAUGAUGGCUGUGCAGUAUUCGGAGCGUAUAUUUCCCCAGGACCAUGUCACCUCCAGAUAUAUCCUCUUACUGGCUGCUGGUGAUCAGAAAGAAGAUAUUCGUAUAGAAGCUAUGAAAGGUUUACACCCUCAACCAGUUAGUGAGAAGCAAUCUACUCAACCGGUUGAAACUGUACUCCCAAACUUCACAAACAUGGUAGAAUAUAUCAAGGAAAAGGCUGAUAUUCGUAUUACAACACAGAACAGAUCUGUUGUUGCCAACCAUACAUUACCAUUCAGUCCAGCAGCAUUCAACGAGGUCUUAUUGUACCUACGAGCGUGUCUCGCACACAGUGCUGGCCUGAAACCUGACAUGGAUGGGAUAGCAGAUAUGAAAGAUCAAGCCCCGAAAAUAUCCAAAUAUGUUAAAACCCUUCUGACUGGAAGCAGGCUGGAUGCUAGUCCAGUCAAAACAUACAUAGACCUUGUACAACUUCUUCUCAAAGCUGUUGGAGGUGUUACACCAAUGUAUUGUUUACUGGAAGUUGUUGCCAUGGCAGAAGAUCAUCUUGUUGACAUGUUUGUUGAUCAGCUUCCCUGGAUAAAGACAUUUGUGUUUUCCAUGAAAGAUGAUAUAAGAGAUUUAGCUGCCAACUUGUAUGCUAUUGUGAUUUGUAAACAGAAAGAUGAGGACAGGAUUCUUGAAGCUCUCACUUCAUUUCAUACUUCACUAUCAGAUAAGAAUAUAGAAACACAACAUGGAGGAUUAUUGGCACUGGGGUAUUUGAUUGGACAGCUUUUGAGAAGCAGAUGCAAUCAAGAAAGUCAAGGGAGCUCACUCUGGCAGAAGAUUGAAAAGAGGAUAGAGUUGUCUGUACUUGCAAUUGCAAGGCUAGUUAAAGUAUCUGAGGAGACAAACCCUAUGUUGUGUGGAGGUGCAUGUCAAGCCAUUGGUGAGAUAGGGCGUAAUGCAGCACUACCACUGCCCCCUGGUGGUGAAAGUUCAGAUGAUGGGGAAAUAACAAAACUCUCAACUGUGAAAAACCUUGUCUCCAUUAUCAAGUCUGGAAAAGAAACAUCAAAGAGUAAAGAGAGAGCAGCACUGUGCCUGGGACAGCUGUGUGUUGGUGAGGGAACAUUUCCACACAGAAAAGUUGCCAUUGAAGGACUUCUAGAUUCAAUACAGAGUAAACAAAUAGAUCUACAUUUUACAAUAGGGGAGGCCCUUGUAUAUGCCGCACAGGGGCCGACAUCACCUGCAGCACGAGAUCUCUGGACACAGACCGAGGAAGAGUUCAAGGCCUCGGUGGGUAAUGUGGAAGAUGAGGUAGAAUGGUAUCUAACCACUGUGCUAACACAGUAUGUACAGAGUUCAAAUCCUCAUGUGCGUCAGGCAUCGAGCAUCUGGCUCCUGGCUCUGGUCAAGAAGUGUGGUUCACAUCCAGCUGUUCAGGCCAGACUGACAAGUCUUCAAUCAGCUUUCAUGCAGCUCCUCUCAGAAAUUGAUGAGAUAACUCAGGAUAUAUCAUCUAAAGGUUUAGGCCUGGUGUAUGAAAUAUGUUCAGCAGAACAGAAGGAUGUUUUAGUGUCAAGACUUGUUGACACACUAAUGACAGGGAAAAGACAGCAACCUAAAGUGUCUGGUGAUACGCAGGUGUUUGAGGAAGGCAGCCUUGGUAAAACACCUGAAGGGGGAGGAUUGUCUACAUAUAAAGAGUUGUGCUCUAUAGCUAAUGAGUUAAAUCAACCAGAUCUCAUCUAUAAAUUCAUGCAUCUAGCUAAUCAUCAUGCUAUGUGGAACUCAAGGAAGGGAGCAGCAUUUGGUUUCAGUACUAUAGCAGCUCAAGCCGGGGAGCAGCUGGCCCCUUAUUUACCACAAAUUGUCCCCAGAUUAUACAGAUAUCAGUUUGAUCCUAAUCCAAAAAUACAACAGGCAAUGAGUAGUAUUUGGAAUGCCCUGGUGCAGGAUAACAAAAACACAGUUGAUAAAUAUAUGAAGGAAAUUCUGAAUGAUUUAUUGUCAAACCUUACCAACAACCAGUGGAGAAUCAGGGAGUCAAGCUGCUUAGCUGUAAAUGACCUUUUACGUGGCCGACCUUUGGAUGACGUUGUUGAAAGUUUGCCAGAGUUAUGGGAAUCUUGUUUACGUGUUUUGGAUGAUAUUAAGGAAAGUGUUCGAAAAAGUGCUGAUCUAGCUUGUAAAACUCUGAGCAGGGCCUCAAUUAAGAUAUGUGAUGUUGGUUAUGGUAAGGUUGGAGAGAGGGCUACAACAGUGGUACUACCAUGUUUGCUUAAAUUUGGACUACAAAGUCCUGUGUCAGAGGUUAGAGCCAUUGGGCUGUCAACUAUUCUGAAGAUCAGUAAGAAUGCUGGCGUGCUGUUGAAGCCACAUAUACCCAUCCUUGUCACUGCCCUGCUGGAGGCCAUUAGUGGGCUCGAACCUCAGGUCAUGAAUUACCUGAGUUUGCAAGUUACCAGUAACCAGGAGAUACAAAACAAGUUAGACAGUGCCAGGAUUGCAGCCUCAAAGAUGUCUCCAAUGAUGGAAACUGUAAAUCUGUGUGUACAGUAUAUAGAUGACACAGUUCUACCAGAAUUGAUUCCAAGGUUCACUGAGUUGGUCAAGAGUGGAUUAGGGGUGGGAACUAAGGCAGCAUGUGCAAACUUUGUUGUCUCCCUUGUACGACAAUGCUCACAAGAUCUCGGCCCACAUGCAGGUAAACUGAUGUCAGCUUUUCUACAUGGUGUUGCUGACAGAAAUAUGUCAGUUAGAAAAUCAUACGCGAUGGCACUUGGGCACCUUGUCAGGAUUGGUAAAGACACAAGUGUAGAAAAGUUGAUAACAAGAAUGAGAAGCUGGUAUCUAGAGAAGGAAGAGGAGGCAGCUCACAAUGGUUGUGGUCUAACGUUACAUGCUAUAAGUCAGCAGAGUCCUGAUAUCUUGAGACGUCAUGCAUCAGUGGCAAUGCCUCUAGCUUUUCUAGCCAUGCAUGAAAAUACAGCAGAGGGUACACCUAAGGACAGUGAUAGUCUGUCAAUAUGGGAAGAAGUAUGGAUGGAAAUAACACCAGGUACCGAGGCAGGUAUUAGAUUGUAUUUGUCUGAGAUAGUUGAGCUGUUGCGGGAGACUUUGCAGUCUCAAUCUUGGUCCACCAAGGCUCAGGCUGCACGGGCAAUGGCUACAGUGGCAGACAAAUUAGGCUCAAACUUAGGACCUCCACAUCUGGCUAAUUUGCUGUCAGCACUAUUGAUUGGACUGCAAGGCAGAACUUGGGCUGGAAAGGAAGCUCUUUUGCAUGCAAUACAGAUGGUGUGCAAGUCAUGUUGUGCUAGUAUAAAGGCAGAACAAGAGGACUUUGUUUCUCAGAUAAUUGAUGCAUUACUGCGAGAAAGUAAAAAAGAAAGCAUAACCUACAAACUGGAGGCAUUGUCUUGUUUUGGAGAAGUACUUGAGGUUUUAUCUGUGGACAGAUUUUCUGAUGUAUACAGUAUCAUGUCCCCAGUGUUAGAAAAGGAAGAAAGCAUGGAAGUAGAUGGAGAAAAAGAAGAAUUAAGUUCUGAAGUCAAACAAAAACAGCUGGUCUGUUAUUUUACAGUGUUAGGUCAGGCCUGGCCUGAAAUACAGAGUACGCAAGAUGAAUACAUGGAGAGAUAUGGUUGUAUGAUGUGUAAAUCACUUCAGAGUAACACCUGGAGAAUACAGGAGGCUAUACUCAAAUCCAUGCAUAAAUAUCUCAAUAGAUUAUGUUGCCUGAAAGAUGUAUCAGUACUAGAGAAGAAUCAGGAUGCCGUGAAAUUACUGCUAGAAAAUAUUAUAACAUCUAUAUCGCCAUGUCUUGGUAACUUGAAGUACACUGUGAUAAGAACAGAGGCACUAGUCAUUGUUGAGGACAUUGUGCCAACAUUACAAGGAUUUGGGAAGUUACCUGUAUUAUCCCAGGAGAUAUUGGAGAUUCUAAAAUCAGAUAUGACAUCACUGACCUCUGACACUAGUCCAGAGUUACAGGACAAAGCUGCAACAAUUCUCAAAAUCAUUGCAGGAUAAAACCAUAUUUUUCUUUGCUCUUAACAAUGAAAAAAAAUUUAUGAUUGUUACAAAAACUGAUGGUUUAGUUAAAUGUCUGGAGGGAUUAUCUUUAAGUAAAAAAAAACCAAAACAUUGUGAAAAACCAACAAUGUGUUGGUCACUCAUUGUUACCAAAAUGAUUAUUUUUAUUUUUUAAUCGACAGAUAAUGAGAAACAUGUUUAAAUAGGAUGAUACGAGACAUCAAAAGGGAACUUUAAACCUUAUAUUAUUCUUAAUAAAGCAACAGUGAGUCAUGUACCAUUUUUACAGGAUAUUUAAAAUAUUGAAAGGUAAUAAAACAUUAUAACUUAAAACCAGUUACAUAAUGUUGUUAGAUUAUGCUUAAGGUAAUUUUGUUAAAUUAUUAUGUUUAUAGAACAAUUGUUAAAUUAUUAUUACACAUCAAAGUAGAGUUUGUAUUGGUCAAUAUUCCUCUCUGUAUAAUGUAAUAAAUUAUAAUGUCCUAUUAUUACAUGUAUAGUGCAUCAUGUUUUACAAUGACAAUAUGGAAGUCCACCUGCAUGGCUAAAUAAGGAGAGCAUCUGUUAUGUAAUGCAGGGGAUGCUGGUUCAGUCCUCAAUCUAGGCGAAAUUUCUUUGUGACGAUUGAUCUGCCAUUGAGUUUAAUUGUUAUUUGUUAGUCAUAGCUGAAAUAAUGUGGCUUAGUAUAGUAGUCAGUCACUUGCGGAAAAAAUGGUAAUUACUGGUUAGUUAUCCAGGAAAGCUGGUAAAUUGUAUCCAGAAAAGCUGGUUAAUUGGGUAGAUCGCCAGGUUAUAGCAAAACAUGUGUUAACAUCUGUGUGAAAAUAGAAGAAACAAACCUACACAAGAUCUCACAAUGCAAACUCUGUCAAUUUUAUCAAGAUAUAUAUUUUGUAUGAUAUAGAAUGUUUCCGGAAUACAAGUUUUAGAUAAUUUAACUUUAUCUAUUUCAAUAUUAAUUAUGUAGUAGGCAUUCAAAUAUAUUUUGACAAUAUAAACAUGUACAUGUAAUUAGAAUGAUGAAGGUUGUGAAGAAAGAAAAAUAAAUUGUAGAGAAAUGCAUGAAUAAAGAUGUAUAUAAAAUUGAAUAUGACAAUCAAUGUUGUCAUUUUCCCCAAGAUAUUAAUAAUGAGCCGGGCCAUGACAAAAUCAACAAGGUGCGUUUGCGACCAGCAUGAAUCCAGACCAGCUGUGCAUCCGCGCAGUCUGGUCAGGAUCCAUGCUGUUUGCUAUCAGUUUCUCUACUUGUAAUAGGGUUUGUAAGCAAUGGAUCCUGAUCAGACAGGGUGGAUGCAUAGGCUGGUCUGGAUCCAUGCUGGUCGCAAACGCACUAAGUUGGUUUUGUUAAGGUGCGGCUCUUUUUAUCACAUCUCUCAAGAGAUAAACAAAUUACAUGAAGGUGCUUAAACUAGCCUUAAAGGUACAUUUUGCCUCAGAAACAAAUAAAUUUUCACUUCUUUAAAAAGGGCUUAUAUGAAUUUUAUAAUGUUUAAAUAAUGGUUUAGAGAAUGUUUGAUGUUUUUUACCUGAUGAAAGCAAUAAAUGUGAAAUAAUUUUUCAUUAAAGUAGCAAAAUUUAAACAAAACAGUACUUUGACUUCCAUACAAAAUAGUCAUUCAUAAUAAGUGCAAAAACGCAACAUGAAAACAAUGUUCAGGUUGUUGGCCAAUGAGAAACGUUUUGGAUACUAUAAAAGUACUCCAAUAUUUAAAGCUUUUGAGAAAUGAAAUUAAAGCAUUUCUGAGGCAAAAUGGGCCUAUAACCAUUUGACUAGGGCUAUAUUUUUCUUCUUUCUGACUGUCUCAGAUUUAGUGCAAUGAUUGAAUGAUAAAGUUAUAGCAGUUGAAAGUAAUGUAGAUUUUAAGUGUUUCAAAUCUUCAUAAGCAUCCUGUUUGUAUUAAGUUGCAAAUUUUUGUUAACAGUUUUUUGAAACAUCAUAUAAUAUUUACAGUUCUUUUGCUUUAUUGAAUUUUAUGAAACAACUCUGCUUCACCCAUAACAGUUUGUUCUUGCUCAAUUUUCACUGAAACUGUUUUAGGUUUGUGUUUUCUCACUGUUGUAAAGAACUGGUGUAGUCACAUUACCAGUUUUGAGGAAACUGAGAAAAACAUAAACAUAUUAAAAUUGUGGAAAAGGGAAGAUCCCUCCAGAGUAAUAGAAAGAAGAAAAAUGUAUGUAAAAUUGACUUGUUUUAUCUUAGUGUCUUUUUGAGUGUUAUUGGAAUGUUUAUUAUACUUGCUCCCUUCUAGAAUGAAGAUUCUGUUAUUAAAGCCGUCACAGGGAGAGUGAUGGACUGUGAAUCGGUCAACUCGGGUUCGAUUCCCGGACAGUGCAGGUCCCUUUCGUUGAGAUUGAUUGUGAAAUCCUUUUUCGGGUCAUUCACACUGUACACCUGAACUGUGCUCAUUUACAGAAGUUAUCAGGUGCUAGCGAAAGGGAAUGCAACUGGUUCUGUUAAACUGAUUGACAGCCUGCCCAGGAACAAUGCAGUGGCUGGACUGUGCUCUGGUAAAUUUUAAUGUGACUUACUGCCGUGAUCCAUAGUAAAAACUAUUAACUUCAACACCAUAUUGUUAAUUAUUGUGAUAUUUGCAAGAAGUCAUUAUUUGCAUAAAUUGAAAUAAUUCAUGUGUACAUAGGAUAUAUAUUAAGUACAUGUGCAUGCUUACACUGAACUACAUUAACACUAAUUCAGGAUUUUUUAUUUUGAAAAUAAUUUCAGAAUGAAUUAUUUAAAUAUGGGAUAUUUUACUUUAUUAUAGUACUUUGUUUAAUUCAAAUUUAUUCAAAUAAAUUUUCACGUAUUAAAUGUAAUUUCGAAUCAGUGAUACUG